CAUGGCGGGCGCCCCGCAGGAGAACACGCUGCUGCACCUCUUCGCCGGGGGAUGCGGAGGAACAGUUGGCGCCAUCUUCACGUGUCCCUUAGAGGUAAUAAAGACUAGGCUCCAAUCUUCAAAGCUAGCCUUCCAGGCUGUCUACUACCCACAAGUCCAGCUGGGGACCAUCAGUGGUGAAGGAAUGGUCAGGCCAACAUCUGUAUCGCCUGGGCUCUUUAGCGUUCUCAAGUCAAUUCUGGAAAAAGAAGGACCAAGGUCACUAUUCCGAGGGCUGGGUCCAAACUUAGUUGGAGUUGCACCAUCAAGAGCCGUCUAUUUUGCAUGCUACUCCAAAGCUAAAGAGCGAUUUAAUGGCGUUUUUGUGCCCAACAGCAACAUUGUGCACAUCUGUUCUGCAGGUUCUGCAGCCUUCAUCACAAAUUCCCUGAUGAAUCCUAUAUGGAUGGUGAAAACCAGAAUGCAACUGGAACGGAAAGUCAGGGGUUCAAAACCAAUGAAUGCUUUGCAGUGUGCUAGAUAUGUUUACCAGACAGAAGGUAUCCGCGGCUUUUAUAGGGGCCUGACUGCCUCCUAUGCUGGGAUUUCUGAGACCAUUAUCUGCUUUGCUAUUUAUGAAAGUUUAAAAAAGAACCUAAAAGAAGUCCAACUGCCCCCUUCCCCUCCUAAUGGGACCGAAAGGAACUCAACGAACUUCUUUGGACUGAUGUUUGCUGCUGCUGUUUCCAAGGGCUGUGCCUCUUGUAUUGCUUAUCCACAUGAGGUCAUACGGACACGGCUGCGAGAAGAAGGCACUAAAUACAAGACUUUCAUUCAGACAGCACGCCUGGUAGCACGUGAAGAAGGCUAUCUCGCUUUCUAUAGAGGACUCUUUGCCCAACUCAUCCGGCAAAUACCAAACACAGCCAUUGUGUUGUCUACCUAUGAGUUAAUUGUGUAUCUGUUAGAAGACCGUGCAAAGUAGCAGAGCCAAGACUCCUGUUACAGACUGUAGACCCAUUUCUUCAUUGAACAAAUAGUCCUUUAAGAGACUGAUGCAGGUGGCCGUGCUGGUGGAAAAACUACAAGUCUGUGACCACCUGCUGGAUAUUUCCUUUUGGAUUCAUGCUUUCUGAAAGGUCUCAAGUCAUUAACGUUAAUAGUUAAUUAUAACUUUUUUUAACUUAAUGAUAAUUAAACGGCUACUAAAUUAAAUUACACUAUUUAAUUUAAGUAUAUUUUUGUCCUUUUCCUUAAGCACAGCCAUAUGUGGUCAAGGAAUGUACCUCA